AUGCUUAAAGUACUAGGUACCGCCUUUUAUCUGUUUCUCUUCCCUCUCCACUUAUGUAACGGAAGGAGAACAUUGGACAUAGAAUCCGAAAGGGGGAGGGGGGACGUAAUUCUGGAAAAUUCACAUUUAAGGGGAGGUUUCCUCAUUGAUAAUUUAUACGUGGAUGGGUGGAGUCCCAUUGGGGGCAUCGACAUGGGAGAAAAAACAGAUUCACCAUCUGACAUCGACGCGAUUGUAGACGCCCUCAUGGGCAAUGGUGCAAUGAAAAGGCAAAACUGGGAUGAAAUUACCGAUUGGGACUCACUUCAAAGUUUUGGAGACAUAAAAAAGGAGAAACCCAUUCAUAGAGCAACACAACAGGAGAGUACACCCCUUCCUGAUAAGAUCGGCCAUUUUAAUUACGACAAAAAAGAAGCACGAAAUUUAGAAAAACAAAAAGAAAAAAGAAGAAAAAGGAAUUCUCUACUUAGGUGUGAAGUUGACUCAGGAAGUGCUUGGCGUGGGAACCACUUUUGCGGAUAUGUGUAUGGUAGCUAUUUGGUUCAUACUGAUGGUCCAUAUGCUGGAAAGAACAAUCAGAGCGGAGGUGAGAGAGUACCAACCAUUCGUGCUACCAUCCCUGUAUGUAUGUGUCAGCCUAGAGUUCUUCAUCAAGGAAGAAAUUGUCCCCUAAAAUAUGGUCCCAACAGAAGUAAGUACCUGAACAGUGCAAAUAAGCGUACCUCCCACUGGAAUGAGGAAGAGUCAAGUGAAAAACGGGAAGAGCAGGAAGAGAGAGACGAGCCUUUGCAAAAUGAAGAUGAUAAUUACAAUGAUGACAAUGAUGACAAUGAUGACAAUGAUGAUGAGAGACUGAUAGAGAAAGGAAAUUUGAAUGUGUACGCUAUAGAGGACGAGGUGGACGAGGAGAACAACGAAAAGGGAAAAGAGAAAAAGAGGACUAACAAUCGGAGCAUUAACUCUAAUUGGAAAUCAGCCGAAAAUAAACGCAGGCAGGAAGGAAGUUUACGGCAAAAGAACAAAUUUUCCAGAGAUAGUCUAACAUCCAGAUUCAAUAUAAGAUGUUACAGGAAUAUUCUAAAAAUUAAAAAAAAGACGACGAGAAUAUUAAAAAAUAUGCUCCAUGCAUUUAUGUACGACCCUGAUUAUAAGGGCAUCCUCGUGUUCUUGACGACGGACGCGGCGGAUCUGAUAAUGAAUCAAUAG